AUGAUUCAAUCAUUUACUGAUGCAAAAUAUCAAUUUCGUAAACAUUUACUUGAACAUUUUAAUAGUGGUCUCGUUUGGUCAUUUGGACGUGCACAAUUAUUUCCCACACGAUCAACACAAAAAGAUUUACGUACACUUAUUGAACAUAUGAUUAAUACAACGACAGACAUAGGUAUGAUGACAUCAAUUCGAUAUUUUGCUACACUUCUCGAAUGGAUUAGUUUACAAUGGACAUUUAAUGAUUAUCUUACAAUGCUCUACAAAAAAAAAAUAUUUGUAUUACACGAGAUUUUAUUCUUGAAUCAGAAUUAA